AUAAUGAACUGCCAGCCGAGAUGUGUUGAAAAUGCCAAAGAUCAGGUGCCAAACAUGUUCUGAGCCACCCCACAGCCUCUAGAGGCUUUCUUCAAUUUUAGUGUUUAUGGCCACAACAUUCUUCAGUUCGAGCACAGCCAGAUUUUCAAAAGAAGUUAUUUCCAAAAUAACACUAAUAUUUACAAACCUGUACACCUUAUCAGUGAAACUAAAGAGAAUUUAGCUGAUGGAAAUCUACCAAAUUGUCAGCCAGCUAUGUAUCCUUCUGCACAGAUGUCUGAGACUCCAAAGGAGUCUCAGACAUCUGGGAGAAGCACUGAAGACCAAUUGGAUAUUUGUACAUCUAGAAAGAGUGAAACCACUGAGAAUGGCCACUCUCAGUUAGAUGAACUGUUCAAAAUUUGGGAUAAGGCUCAGGCCCUAAUCCGGAAGUACAUAAGGAAGACUAAGGUCCAAAAUAAGGCAAGAAAAGCCGUGCUUGAAGCACUGGAGAGAGCAGUCUCUGACUGCUCGAAAUCACCUGACCAAGUCAUGAUAGCCUCAAACCCCAAGAAAGAAAUCAGGCUUGGUGGGCAAGUAUCAAAGUACAGAGGCUCUAUCUUCAGAGGAGUUAGUAUGAAUGGCUAUAAAUGGCAGGUGUUCUUUACUAACAAGAACAAGAAACAGUACAUUGGAGUCGUCCAGACAAAGGAACAGGCUGCUAGUCUUUACGAUAUUUUUGAGAUCCUCCACCAUGGUAUGAAGAGCAAGACCAAUUAUAGCUACACAAGGGACCAACUUGCAGAGAUUCUCUGCCAAGUCUCAUCUUUGGUCUAG